AUGUCAAAUAACUAUGAAGAUGGAGGAGUUUACUAUGAUCCUGACGAAACCAUGUUCAAUAACGAUGAAGAUGGAGGACUUUACUUUGAUCCUGAAGACCAAGAACUCAUCAAAUAUCAUCUACUACCCAAGUUAGAAACGUAUCUACAACCCAAGUCGAAAGAUGAAGAGUGUGAAGACUUCAUCGUGAUGAAGAACGUUUACGAUAAGCAGCCAUGGUUGCUGGACCAUACCAAUCAUCCUUUGUUCAGGAAGAACGAGUGGUUUUAUUUCGUGACGAGGACUCAAGUGUCAGUCAAGAACAUUGGUCGUGGUAGGAACUCAAAGCGGAGGAUCGCCGGGGACAACGAUGAGGCAGAAGAGAGGAGACGGUACUUCUGCUGUUGUUCCUGGGAGCAAUAG